CUUGCUUGCGGCUGCUGCCAUGUCGGCGUUUGCCCUCUCCAAUGCAGACCUCGUCGCCGGGUUCGCCAGCAUCCUGUCCACCGCGGCUUGCGGGGGGGUGCGGAUGCGCAUGUCGCGUUUCAACAGCCUGAACAAGCAAACCAAAGCAAACGGAACAAAGAACCACCGCACAAGGUGCAUGCGUGAAACCAACAGGAAAAUGACCAAAAUGCACCCGCUGUUUGAAUCUAUGUAGCAGGUAGAGAAAAAGGACUGCGUGCUUGAGAAGUGGGGGGGGGGGGCAUGGUAAAGAGAGCAGCAGCAAGACUGGACCCAUACCAGUGGCUACGUGAGGACCUUCUGUAGCAUGCACGUCGGACAUGGUGCUACCGAAAGCCAGCAGGGGACGCUACCCCCUGGUUGCCGGAAAUUCAAAAAUAACCAGCCACCCUGCCCAAGAAAUGGUCCGGUUGCCUCAUUGUGCUGCUUUUCUCUUGGCCGCAGGCAUUGUUCGCUGCGUCCUCAGGGCAGUUCCUCUGCGACGUCUCCCUCGGCGUUGUACGCUAUUCAGACACGGCGUGUUCACUUCCAUGUACCUUCGUCCAGACUUUUGUGGUUUCUCCUUGUCCCACCAUCUUGUUUCCGCGUUUUGUGGUAUUCCCGGCAAUCAUCGUUGGAGCCUUCACCGUUGCACAUCAUGCGGACUUCAAAAACUGCCCUUCAGCUGUGUAGGCG